CCGGAAGUGUCGUUGAUUGUUGACAGGUCCUGCUAGCUUCAUGCUAGUGGCACGAUAUUUUCCUCAGUGUUUUUACUGAAGUUAUUUAUAACUAUGAGCUCUCCAGAGGACAGGCAUGGGACAAAACGCUCCGCGUCUCCCAGUCAAGAGCAGGAUGGAUCUACCCAGUGGGCCUCUGCUGAUUUGGGAAGCGAUGAGAGGAAGCAAAAGUUUCUACGGUUGAUGGGUGCUGGCAAGAAGGAACACACCGGACGCCUCGUCAUCGGCGAUCACAAGUCCACGUCUCACUUUCGUAGCGGGCAGGAAGAUAGGAAGAUCAACGAGCAGCUGGAGAUACAGUACCAGCAGGGCAUGGACGGGAAGCUGUCGGGCCGCAACAGGAGACACUGUGGGCUCGGGUUCAGUGAGCCUGACCCAGAGCCACAGUCGUUGCCCUCACCUCCAACAGACGCUGAGACAAAACUCUCCGAGCCCGAGAAGCCCGCCGAGCACGAAGAAUCCACAGACGCUCAGGACGAAGCCCCGGAUCCCAGCCCGGAGGAAAAGCCAUCGGAGCAGGCCGAAGCCGGCGCAGACAGAGGAAAUGAGCGGAAAAACAACUAUAAAAUGGCCUUUGUGAAGUCGGUGUAAGGCAGAGAGGCUUCGGGCUUGGGGAGGAGUUUUGUGAUCUCAGAUUUGUACAUUUUGAUGUUAAUUGUUGAACUGUAGUCUGUCAUUAUUUCCAUUGAUUUUCUAGGUAGAGAAAACUGUUGACUUCAGUCAGUUGUGCAUGUUAACCAUCAUGUCUGCAGUGUGAAAUACUUGUUUCAGCAGAUGUCAGGAAAGCAAAGGAGACGUUUUGAUUUUCGAUUAAACAUUUUAACAGUCCUUGCAUUUCUCUUGAAUUAUGUUGGAUGAAAUAACACUGUUUGCCAUUGAGCAGAGUUGGUGCAUAAAAUGUGACAAUUGUGAUUUUUAUUUGAAAUAAAUACAAGGAAUUAGUUCCUCAAAAAGUCGA